AUGGAAGAACAACCAUGUUCCAGCACCCCAGAGAAGUUUACCGUCUGCGAGCCAGUCACCAAUACUGUUGUAUCUUGUAAUUGCCACAGAGCUACUACAACUGUGAUGUUAAUGACUGCUAUGGUGCGGGUCAGAGAUAAUUGUGGAUACACAACGCCUUGCAGAGUGUUGCUGGAUAGCGGAUCACAAGUGAAUUUCAUAUCCAAGUCGUUAAUCGAUCGUUUGUCCGUCACACGACGGCCAGUGUACAAGCCCAUAGCCGGAAUUGGUGGGACCAAAACGUACGCCAAAGAAACAGUGAUGGUGGAAGUAGAAUCGAUGCACUCCGACUAUUCCACCAAUUUUGAAUGUUUAGUGGUUCCUAACAUAACGGGAUCAAUUCCAGCAACGCAUAUAGAAGUAUCAUCAUGGCCAAUUGAUAACAAUAUACCCAUCGCAGAUCCGAACUUCAACAACCCGGCUCCCAUCGAUAUACUAAUUGGCGUCUCACAAUUUUUACAAUUGUUGAAGACGGGCCGUGUUCAGCUAGGAAACAACUUGCCUGAAUUGAUAGAAACACAUCUUGGAUGGGUAGUUGCUGGUAGCAUCGACGAUGGCGACUCUCAACAUUGUUUAGCCGUUGCAAAUGAUUCAAUCUCCGAAGUUCUACGCCAGUUUUUGGAGUUGGAAGAAAUUAAUGAAGCUUCACAAUCUACUGAACAAGAGUGCGAGAAAAUAUUCCAAACAACCCAUUAUCGAGAUAUUACAGGAAGAUAUGUGGUAAGUUUACCUUUGCGAGAAUCAAUUCAAGACCUAGGUAACAAUCGAACACUGGCCAUGCGACGCUUCCUUUCGCUGGAAAGAAGACUUGCGAGAAAUCCGGAACUGAAGCAACAGUAUCAGCAAUUUAUCGAAGAAUAUGAAUCUAUGGGACACUGUCGAGAAAUAAAGGAAUCCAAUUGUUUACUCGACAAGGGCACGUAUUAUAUUCCGCAUCAAGCUAUUCUGCGCCCAUCGAGUUCAACAACAAAACUGCGAGUAGUGUUUGAUGCAUCGUCUAAAGCAUCACCGAGUGACAAAUCACUUAAUGACGUCCUUCAAGUAGGAGGAAUACUUCAAAGCGAUAUUUUCAGUAUCCUGUUACGAUUCAGGAAACAUCGUUUCGUUUUCACAGCCGACAUUUCAAAAAUGUAUCGUCAGAUCCGAAUCAAUCCAAACCAGACACGCCUCCAAAGAAUAUUCUGGCGUUCUCAUCAAAAUGACCCUCUUCGUAUACUGGAACUUACUACAGUGACGUACGGCACGGCUGCCGCACCAUUCUUAGCGACCAGAUGUUUGAUGCAGCUUUGCGAGGACGAAAAUGAUUCAUUUCCACUCGGCGCACAAAUCGUCCGCCAAGAUUGCUAUGUUGAUGACGUUAUUUCGGGUGCGAAUUCAAUUAACGAAGCGCUUGUCACCCGGAACCAAAUUCGCGGACUGCUGAUAAAAGGUGGAUUUCCAGUUCAUAAAUGGAGUUCGAAUAGUGCUGAAAUUUUAAAUGACAUACCGGAACCGGACCGAGAAAAGUUAGUGCAUUUGGACAAUACAUCAGUUGUUAUAAAGACUUUAGGGAUGAUAUGGAGUCCAGAACAAGACGUGUUUGUUUUUAGUGUAAACAGUGACAAUCGUAACCCGACCAAGCGCUCGGUAUUGUCCGACAUUGGUAAACUUUUCGAUCCUCUGGGACUUCUAACACCAGUCACCGUUAUCGCCAAGAUGAUUAUGCAGAAAAUUUGGAAAUCUGGUCUCCCAUGGGACGCACCUUUGGAGAACGAGCUACUGGAAUCCUGGUUACAUUUUCGUGAGGCUUUAGCAUCAGUGAGCGAAAUAAAAAUUCCCAGAUAUACCAUGAUUGUAAGUGCUGCUGUCGUGGAAAUUCAUGGGUUUUCCGACGCUUCAAAUGCUGCAUACGGAGCAGUAAUAUACAUUCGAUGCAUCCUAGCAGAUGGUACAAUCCGCCUUAAUAUGUUGUGCAGUAAAUCCAAGGUAUGCCCAAUGGGUGAAAUGAGUAUUCCCCGCAAGGAAUUGCUUGGCGCUCGCCUUCUCUCGCGUUUAAUAGUGAAAGUGCUGAAAUCUCUACAGUUGGAGGUCAAACAAGUGGUUCUAUGGUGUGACAGCCAAGUAGUGUUAGCUUGGCUUCAGAAGCCACUAUCAGUUUUAGAAGUGUUUGUACGUAAUCGCGUGGCAGAAAUAGUGAAAAAUACCGAAACUUAUGCAUGGAAGUAUGUGAAAUCCAAACAAAACCCCGCCGAUUUGAUCUCCAGAGGACAGUUUCCAAAGGCUCUCAGUACUAACGAACUUUGGUGGACUGGCCCAAAAUACCUUAGCAUCCUCGAGUAUCAAUCAGAAACCCCUGAAGACAUUCCUGAAAAUGAAAUUCCGGAUAUCAAGCAGACAACCGUCAUAGCCGUGCCAGUAAUCAACAACGAGAAGUUGCCGAUAUUUUCAAAGUUUAGCUCCUUCAGGGAACUGCAGCGGUCCACUGCCUUGGCGCUGAGGAACGCGCCAACAGCUAUUUCGACUGCUGCUCACGUGGUGAAUCGUUGUCCUACACGUGAUCCCAAAUCCGAAAAGGGUAUUUUCGUUGGUUAUUGUGAAGACACAAAAGGCUAUCGGGUGUAUGAUUCUGAGAAGGGCAGUUUCCGCAUCAGCCGAGAAGUCGUAGUUCUGGAGGAAGGUGUCGUUAUUUGUGAGGUGGAACAACCAGUGAAGCCGGUGGAGUUCAUGGAGCUUUGUUGGGACGAGUUCCGUGACCAUCCUGCGUGUGGUACAGUCGAGCCUGUGACUGGUGCUGGAGUUGUUUGUGGUAAUCGUGAUGAUAUCGAGCCAGCGGAAGAAGCGAUUGGUGUCGAUAGUUCGUUCAGCGAAGCGGAUGACUACGAGGAUGCCGUUGCCGAUCCCACCGCAACUAAAUAG